AUGGCGCUGCUGGCUCUGCUAGGGCUGUGUCUGGGGACGGUGGUCAUCGAGGCCCAGGGCCCGGAGCUCGAGAGUCUGGACAUCGCCAAGCUUAUAGGUGUAUGGUAUGAGAUCGCCUGUGCCACCGAUCCUGCCAGCAAGUGCCAGGCCCUGAGCCCCGGGCGGCCUGUGAGCGCCGUGUUCAUUAACUUGGAGAACGGCCAGUUGAGCCUCACCACCUCCUACUUUCAAAACCGCUGUGUGUCGAUUAAGGAGCAGGUCUCGCAGGGGGACACUCCACGCAAGUUCAAGAUCAUGGCAGAGUCUGGAAGCAAGGAUGUGGAAGUGGUGGCCACGGAUUAUGUCACCUUCACCAUCCUGGAAAUGUCCUCCUCCGUGGAAGGGCGCGCCCAGCGGAUCCUGAAGCUAUACAGUAAGCCCCUGCCCCCGGGGUGGAGCGGGGGCUGGACCCUCCUCGGGCAGGCCCAGCUCAGCCCCUGCUCCUAG